AUGUCUUGGCUUUUCGGGUACAACAAGACUGAUCACAUCCCGCAGAUGCAAAGCCCGAGCGGACCGGCCGGGGCUGAGGGCGCCGGUGGGGGCGCUGGCGGUGCGGCGGACGGCGGCGUCGAGGGAAAGAUGAGGGCCUAUCAGUUCGACUCUUCGGCGCUCGAGAGGGCGGCCAAAGCGGCCAAAGACUUGGAGGCGUCAAAGUUCGCGAAGGAUGCGCUCGAUUUGUCGAAACUUCAGGAAACGACGAAACAAAUGGAUCUCCAGAAGCAGAUGAAGGAAUACGAGUCACAUUUGGAGCAAAUGAAGAUCGAAGGAAAACGCGUUGAAUACGAAGAGAAGAGGAAAAUGAUGGCCGAAGAGACCAAACAACACCAACAGAGAGCUCAAUAUCAGGACCAGUUGUCCCGCAGACGAUAUGAAGACCAACUGAUGCAACAGCAGAGGACUAAUGAAGAGAAUUUGCGAAAACAAGAGGAAUCGGUGGUCAAACAGGAAGCGUUGCGGCGGAAGACUUUGGAGCAGGAAAUGGAUAUGAGAGCCAAGUCUGACAUGAAGAGGAUUGAGGCCGAGAUGAAGGGGAAGGCCAUUCUCGAGAGGGAGAAUCGCGACAUCUAUUUGGAGCAAAUCAAACUGAAAGCCGCCGAAGAAAGGGUUACUGUCAUUGAAUCCAUCAAAACCGCGGGUCAAGUGAUUGGAACCGGUUUUAAGGAAUUUAUAUCAGAUUGGGAUCGAGUGUCGGCCACUGCCGUCGGAUUCACUCUCAUUGCCGGAGGAAUAUAUUCGGCAAAACAUGGAAUCAAUAUUAUUGGCCGAACCAUUGAAUCCCGAAUCGGCAAACCAUCGCUCGUGAGGGACACUUCAAGACUCAACUUCUUGGAUAUUCUCAAACACCCGAUUCAUACGUCGAAACGCUUCUAUUUAAGUCGUCGACCCGAAGACGCUCUCAAAGGAGUUAUACUGAAGCCAACUCUGGAAGAGAGGCUCCGGGAUGUGGCCAUCGCUACGAAGAAUACGAAGAAAAACAAAGGUCUUUAUCGGAAUAUCCUGUUCUACGGCCCGCCGGGAACGGGAAAGACAUUGUUUGCCAAACGUUUGGCACAGCAUUCAGGUAUGGAUUACGCGAUACUAAGCGGCGGAGACGUGACACCAAUGGGUCGCGAAGGAGUCACUGCAAUACACAAGACAUUCAAUUGGGCCAACACUUCCCGAAGAGGUCUUCUGCUGUUCGUCGACGAAGCGGACGCUUUCCUUCGCAAAAGAAGUUCCGAACAAAUGAGUGAAGACUUGAGAGCGACGCUCAACGCCUUCCUCUAUAGGACAGGCGAACAGUCAAACAAAUUCAUGUUAGUGUUGGCCAGUAAUACACCCGAACAGUUCGAUUGGGCCAUCAAUGACCGACUCGACGAACUCGUGGCCUUCGAGUUGCCGGAGUUGGAAGAGCGCCAGCGAUUGGUUCGCCUCUAUUUCGACCAAUUUGUGUUACAACCGGCCGCUCAGGGAAAGAGGCGACUAAAAUUAGAUAAAUUUGAUUACAACGAGACGUGUAAUAAAAUCGCUCAAUUGAUCGACGGAUUGUCCGGUCGGGAGAUCUCGAAAUUAGGCGUUUCGUGGCAGGCGAGCGCUUAUGCCUCACACGACGGUCUCCUAACGGAACAGAUGAUAAUGGAGAGGGUAUACGACUCUAUAGAGCAACACAAACACAAACUCGAGUGGCAGGCGGAUGAAGAACGCACCAAAAGGAGUGGUCCUCUGGUCCCCAAAAGCACUUCUCAUGCAGUCAUUUGAUACAAGUGUUGAAUAGUUGUGUGUCGUGAGGGUCGGUGUCGUCGAUGACCGCCUCAUCCCACGGCCCGUAAAUGUUUCUGUUUUUUUGAAUUGUAUAUAAAGUUUAGAUAUUUUUUAUAUAAAUUUUAGACGUCAUGUGAGACAUGACUAAACACUGUCUUAAGACACAUACUCUUUGUAUUUCUGGCACCGAUAGAAACCGAGCGGACAAAUAAAGUUAAUGCAAACCAAUAGUACUAUAAAUAGCAGUAAAUAUAUUAGCGGACACGCGAUGGACAGUAGUGUGAAUGAAGUGCUCCAAUAAAAUACAGUCAAACAUA